AUGCGACGAGCGCAGUCUUUGGGAGAUUUAUUGUUGACUACGACGACGAAUAAUACUAAGAAGAAUAAAAAGAAGAAGAAAAAGAACGAACAAAUAUCGUAUCAAACCCUGGCAAUUGUGAUUCUUUCUUCUCUGCUCAUCUUCUCUUUACUCGUCAUCAAGCAGCAAAACAAAAACAGAAAGAUUCGAGACAUUGAUAGAAAGUUGCACCACACGAUAUCCGCGCUCGCGACGAGAGCGCAAUGGAGUUUAGAAGAGGUUAGUAAUGGUGAGAAGACGAAGUGGUGGAAAAAAUAUAACCACCCUCAACAAUACGACAGCAGUCAAAAUCUUCCAUUAGUUUUAUUAGACGAGUACGGAUUGCCGACGUUACAACAACAGUGCGAACGAAAGGUGGAGUGGCCAACCGUGGCGUUUAUGACUUCGUCGUUUUUGUGCGAAUCGUUUCUCGACGUUCUCCCGAAAACGCUGAGAGUGCACACGUUUCCACUGAACACGAGAGCGCAGAUGAAAUACAACUCGCUCAGAAAGUUGCCGACGUUUAAUCGAGGGUACGACGUGGAAGAUUAUCUCGUCAAAUGGCUUUCUGAUGGUCCGUUUUCAAUCAAUCGAAACAAUCGCGUGAAAACGUUGACGGAGAAAACAGAAAUCGCGUAUUUGCUGCCUAUCCAACCGUAUUUAGAUCGAGUUUCGUCGUUCCCGUUUACAGAUGGACGCGAGAGUAGCGAAUCGGGGUUAAAAUCUGCCGUUCAGUACGCGAAAAAAGUAAACCCGAGCUUAUGGAAACAGUCGAAAGGAAGACGAGUCAUCGUCUCCGUGCACGAUUUUGGCACCGAGUUGGCGACGAAAAUCUUUCCGGACGACGACGAAAACGACAUCGAUGAUAUUUAUGAUACAUCUGCAUCUUCGUCCGCGAUGUUAUCUCCUGUCUCCUUCUCCUCCUCCUCCUCUUCGACUUCUUCGUCGUUGAUAAACACCACGCACUUUAUCGUCUCAAACUCCGAGAUCGGGGUGGAGAACGCGCCGUUUGACGCGCAGAAAGACGUCGCCGUGAUACCUUCUUUGUCGUUUUACUUGCCGAGAGAAGCGGUAUCGAGAGGGUUGGUUGAUUUGUCGCACUUCCUGCGCAACGAGGAAGAAUACGCGUCGGUUGGUUUAGAGUUACCAAAGCUCGAAGCCGAGCGAAACAUUCGACUGAUGUUCAGAGGAAACAAUCGAGGUCCUUUGCGCGAAAAAGUCUUUCGAUAUCUCAUCGAAAACGGGAGCCCGGAAGACUCCAUCGAAACCACCGGGGUCGCUUCGCCGCAAGCUUACAUGUCCUUAAUGGAACACAGCAAAUAUUGCUUACACGUCCGAGGCACGAGAGUGAUGUCUCCGCGGUUAAUAGAGCUCAUGCUUUUCGGAUGCGUCCCGGUCAUCGUCGCCGACGCGUACGAACUCCCCUUGGCGUGGUUUCUCGAUUGGACAAAGUUUUCCAUUCGCGUCCCGGAAUCCGAGUACGAAAAUAUUCACGCCUACGUCGAAAAAGCAAACUGGCGAGAGUUGCACUCAAAUUUAGGUCGCGUGAUUAGUUUCUUCGUCUACCACAAGGACAAACCAAUCAUCGGAGACGCUUUCUACGCGACCUCGCUCGCGUUGUUGAACAAACUCGAACAACGCGCGAGUACUCCUACCACUCCUCCUACGAAUAAUAACAAUAAUAAUCGAGCUAAAGGAGAAGAAUAA